AAUGUCCUUACAAAAGAAAAUUUUACUAGCUAUUAAAAAGGUUCAAGAAGAAUAUUUGGCAACCAACAAUUACAAGGAACAUUUCUGCCUUAUAGGCCUAAAUGGGAAAUGUUCACCUGCUUUGUCAUUUUACAAUAUUUCACCAAAUCAAAAGAUUUUGACAACAUUACUGAAAUAUUGUACAAAUGAAAAAAGAGCAUUUUCAUCAAGAACCAGAUUGAGAAUAAAUAUAGGAGGACCAUUGAAAGGUUUUGACAAAAUUGAUGAGCAUAAGGAAGAUUUAGAAAUGACAAAAAGAUAUGAAGAUUUAUUGAAAGAUUAUGCAGAAAAAGGAGAUGAAUACUUUGAAAAUGGUGUCAAUGGUAUGGAAUUUUAUCAUUUUUGUCCUAUUCUACUUAAUGUUAAAAUUCCGAAGCAUGUUUUUACUUAUGCAACUUUCUGGGAUAAAUUUAAAUGCUGCUGUUGCUGUAAAAAAAAUCCAAAAGAUAAAGAUAAUAGUAAUGAUAUUAAAAAGAAGAAUAUUAUUGUUAGAUUCUUCUCUGGACCAUAUUUUAAAUUAAUUACAAAUAGAAUUGCAAGAUGGUUUAUACUUGCAUUUUUUGCUGGACUUUUUGCAGCUUUUGUCUAUUUUGCAAGUACUUUGAAAGUAAAUCAGGAAGAAACAAAAUUCUUAAAGGAUAGCAGUAACUAUGGUCGAUACCUUGCUGAUGCAUCUACAAAAUAUAAAGGAAAUCCUGAUAAUAUCAUUAAAAUCUAUCUUGUUUUUGGUCUAAAACCACAAGAUAGAUCUGAUUGUUAUCAUACGGAUUUUAAAUGUACUGGAAAACAACAUUGGGAUAAUGACUUUAAUUUGAGUAGUAAUAAAACUCAACAAAAAUUUCUUGAAUUCUGUCAACUAUUACAUAAUUUAAAAGAAGAAAACACCAAAGAUUUGUACAUAAAGAGGGAUAAGAGUACAAAUGUACCGGAAGUGUUGUGUUUUAUGAAGAAUAUGAUAGAAUUUUACAAAAAUGAUGCCUUGAAUUUGACAUAUAAACACAGCAUUCCUUUUGAUGUCAGAACCAGCCAUGACAUAUUUGCUAAUGAUAAUAGUGGAUUAUACAAGGAUAUAGGAAAAUUGAAAGGUGAAGCUGUUAACAAACAUUUUGAAUUAGCUAUGGAUUGGUGGUUAUUUAAUGGAACUAAUCCACCUCCUGGUACCAGUCCUCCAAGACGAUCAACUGACUUUGCACUCUUCAAUGAACUUUUAGGAGAAGAGAAGUUAAAGGGAAGUGUCACUUAUAAAAAACAUUUAGAGACAAUUGUCUAUGGAACAAAGCUAAAAUAUGCUGGCCAUUAUUCUAUUGAGAAUGUUGAAAGGGUAGAUAGUGGAAAAUCUAUAUGGCAUUGGUUGGCAGUUCAAAGAAUAUUGGUAGGUUCAGCUAUUACUGGCAUUGCAAUUGGAGUUGGUUUAUCAUGCCCUAUUCUUAUUGUUGCAACCCAUAAUAUAUUUGUUGGCAUUUUGGCUACUAUAACUAUUGCUUGUGUUACAGUUUGUGUUAUUGGUGUAUUGCCAAUAGCUGGUUGGAAACUAGGGUUAAUGGAAUCUUUGAAUUCCGUUUUGGUAGUUGGAUUGGCUGUGGACUAUAUUGUACAUUUAGCAGAAGGCUAUUCCAGAUCAGUUUACAAAUCAAGAGAAGAAAGAGUAAAAGAUAUGUUGACUCAAGUCGGUGUUUCAGUUCUUUCUGGAGCUAGUACAACACUAGGAGCUUCAUUUUUCUUGUUAUUGGGAGAUCUUUUAUUUUUUGUUGAAUUUGGAGCUUUUAUGUUUGCAACUAUUGGUUUUUCAAUUGUAUGGGCUCUGGGUUUUUUUUCUACAAUUCUGGGUAUGUUUGGACCGCAAAAUAAUUUUGGAUCAUUAAAACCAGUUUAUUCAUGGAUUAUCAGUAGAUGUAAUAGACAACAGAGUAGCAAUCAGUAG